AUGUUUUCUUCCAGUGGCUAUGGUUCACCAACAUUUGCUCAGGCGGAGAGGGAGCAGAAUUCAAGAACAAGUGCAAAAGCUCUUUAUGAACAAAGAAAGAAUUAUGCACGAGACAGUGCCAGCAGCAUAUCCGAAACUUCGCAGUAUCACGUAGAGCACUUGACCACCUUUGUUCUGGACCGAAAAGAGGCAAUGAUUACAGUAGAUGAUGGAAUAAGAAAGCUGAAAUUGCUGGAUGCCAAAGGCAAAGUGUGGACUCAAGAUAUGAUUCUUCAAGUGGAUGACAAAGCUGUCAGUUUGGUGGACUUGGAAUCAAAGAAUGAACUGGAGAAUUUUCCUUUAAGCACAAUUCAGCAUUGCCAAGCUGUGAUGAAUGCAUGCAAUUACAAUUCAAUUCUUGCAUUAAUAUGUAAAGAACCAACCCAAAACAAGCCCGAUUUGCAUCUUUUCCAAUGUGAUGAGAUUAAGGCUAGCUUUAUUCAUGAAGAUAUCGAAAGUGCAAUCAGUGACAGCAAAAGUGGGAAACAAAAGAAGAGGCUUGAAACACUGAGGAUGAUAUCCAAAGCUGACAGCACCAUCCCUCCGCCGCCGCAGGCGCCUGCCCCUGUGCCGCCGGGGACCAUCACCCAAGUGGACGUGAGAAGCCGCGUGGCGGCGUGGUCCGCGUGGGCUGCCGAGCAGGGGGAGUUUGAAAAGCAUAGACAAUACCAUGAUCAUGAAGAAACAGCAGAGAUGAUAGCAGCCAGGAUUGACAGAGAUGUUCAAAUUCUGAACCAUAUUUUGGAUGACAUUGAGUAUUUUGUUACCAAACUUCAAAAAGCUGCUGAAGCAUUUGCUGAACUUUCGAAGAGGAAGAAAACUAAGAAAAGUAAAAAGAAAGGGCCUGGAGAGGGAGUUCUUACUCUCCGCGCAAAACCACCACCUCCAGAUGAAUUUGUUGACUGCUUCCAAAAAUUCAAGCAUGGCUUCAAUCUUCUGGCCAAAUUAAAGUUCCAUAUCCAGAAUCCUAGUGCAGCAGAACUGGUUCAUUUUCUCUUUACCCCACUACAUAUGGUGGUACAGACAACAGGAGGUCCAGAGCUUGCUGGUACAGUACUCAGCCCCCUCUUAACAAAAGACACUAUAGACUUCCUGCGAUAUACUGUCACCAGUGAGGAAGGACAGUUAUGGAUGUCAUUGGGUGACACAUGGACCAAAGCCAGAGCGGAUUGGCCCAAAGACCAUUUUAUUCCACCUUAUGUCCCCCGUUUCCGAAAUGGUUGGGAGCCUCCUUUGCUGAACUUCAUGGGAGCUCCAAAGGAGCAAGAACUCAAUCAUUUGGCUGAGUCCGUGGCAAACGUUGCAGAGCAACAGCGGAAGCAAGAAAUGAAAAGACUGUCAACUGAGCCUCCCAGUGUUCCCGACUACCCUCCGUCCGAUGGGUAUGCAUUCAGUAACACAGUUUACAAAAGAGGGCCUCUGCUGGACCAGGGGGCGGCUGUUGCUGCCUUUAAGCAAACUGUUAGCCGACAUGUAGAUAGAAACUAUGAAGCACACAGUAAAGCACAGACCAAGAAAUAUGCCAAAUGCAAGUAUGAAUUUAUGGCAAGAAACAACAGUGAGCUUUCUGUCAUGAAAGAAGAGAUCAUAGAGAUUCUGGAUGACAGAAAGCAGUGGUGGAAGGUUCAGAAUAAAAGUGGCAGCACAGGCUUUGUGCCAAACAACAUUUUGGACCCUCUGAGGAAUCAAGAUGGUGGUCCAGGAUGGUCAGAGCCUGCGUAUACCCGCACCAUCCAGAAACAAAGGACGGACUAUGUUGCAAAACAACCCGAUCCAGUUCCUGCUACUCCUUCGCCACCUCCAACACCCGCUCCUGUCCCCGUGGCUGUCCCCCUCCCUCCUAGCGCACCAGCACCUAUACCGGUUCCCAUGCCCAAAGCGCCAGCAACCAUCAGCCGCCAAAGCAGCACAUCUAGCGACAGCGGUGGUAGUCUUGCACGAGACACCCAGAGGCAAAAGCAAGUUCCUGUGGAUCGCAGGAAAUCACAGAUGGAGGAGGUGCAGGAUGAACUUGUUCACCGGCUCACCAUCGGCCGGAGCGCUGCCCAGAGGAAGUUCCAUGUGCCACGACCAAACAUCCCAGUAGUUAACAUCACUUACGACUCUUCGCCUGAGGAUGUGAAAGCGUGGUUGCAGUCCAAAGGAUUCAACCCUGUGUAA